AUGACAGAUGAUAUUAUAGUAAGUGGGGAUGACAAAAAGGAGCAACAAGUGUUAAAUGAAUGCCUUGCCAGGGAAUUUGAGAUCAAGACAUUAGGGAGACUUAAAUAUUUUUUGGGAAUUGAAGUGGCUCAUUCCAAGAAAGGAAUCUUCAUAUCUCAACAAAAGUAUAUUACAGACUUGCUUAAAGAAACAGGUAAGACAGCCUGCAGACCAGCAAGUACCCCAGUUGACCCAAAUAUAAAGUUGGGAAGUGCAGAGGAGGAUAUUGUCGUGGACAAGGAAAUGUAUCAAAGACUUGUGGGCAGACUUAUUUACUUAUCUCACACUAGACCAGACAUUGCUUUUGCUGUAAGUCUAGUCAGCCAGUUUAUGCACCAACCAAAGGAAGCACAUUUACAAGCUGCUCUUAGAAUUGUCCAGUAUUUGAAAGGGACCCCAGGAAGAGGGAUUUUGUUCAAACGAAACAAGAGUGUAAGUCUUGAAGCAUAUACGGAUGCGGACUAUGCAGGGUUAGUGGUAGACAGAAGAUCAACUACUGGAUACUGCACCUUCCUUGGUGGAAACCUCGUGACUUGGAAGAGCAAAAAGCAGAGUGUAGUAGCUAGAUCGAGCGCCGAAGCAGAAUUUCGAGCAAUGGCCCAAGGAAUAUGUGAACUUCUAUGGCUGAAGAUUAUAUUGGAAGACUUGAAGAUAAGAUGGGAUGAAUCUAUGAGGUUAUAUUGUGACAACAAAUCUGCAAUUAGUAUAGCCCAUAAUCGGUGCAGCAUGAUAAAACUAAGCAUAUCGAGGUUGACAGACACUUUAUCAAGGAAAAACUGGACAGUGGCAUGA